CGAACGUAAACGAAUAGUACCGAAGAGAUUGACGAAUGACAACGAAUUACACGAAGUUGCACGACUAAGUAAUUGUGAUAAUUGCGGUGUUUUAAUCGUUUUAAAUGAUUAUUUAAACAUUAAAAUAAUAAGAAAAGGAAAUAAUACAAUAAAGGUUAUGUAAAAUUGAGAACCUAACCUAAAAAUUCGAAAAUUUAAUUUACAAUUUACAAAUUUAUAAAAAGAAUGUCAAUUCCUAUUUUACGUUCUUUAUUACUGUCACAACGAUGUUCGUCACGAAUUUUACAAAAGGGAAGGAAAAUAAAUACAAGUAAAGCGUUAUUCCAAAAUCCGGUGAAAGAUUCAAGUGAAAAGAUUCAGAAAAUAAAAUUAGUAACAUGGAAAUCAGUUGCUGCUGGAGUAAUAAUUGGUGGUGGUUUUUUGGCAUAUAUGUAUAAAUUAAAAAAUGAAAAAGAUUUACGUAUACAACGUGAAAGAAGACGAGCUAUUGGAAAAGCACAAAUUGGAGGAACAUUUGAACUUGUUCAAUCUGAUGGAAAACUUGUUAAAUCAACUGAUUUUCUUGGCAAAUGGAUGUUAAUUUAUUUUGGAUUUACACAUUGUCCUGAUAUUUGUCCUGAGGAACUUGAAAAAUUGGCGUUAGUCGUCGAUAAAUUGGAGAAAGAACACCAAGUGGAGGUUCAACCGAUAUUUAUUUCCGUCGAUCCUGAUAGAGAUACACCAGAACUUGUUGAUAAAUAUACAAAAGAAUUUUCGAGUAAACUUUUAGGUCUCACUGGCACAAAAGAACAAACUGAUAAAGUUUGUAAAGCCUAUAGAGUUUAUUAUAGUAAUGGACCAAAGGAUGUGGAUAAUGAUUAUAUUGUUGAUCACACGAUAAUUAUUUAUUUGGUUGAUCCUGAUGGUUUAUUUUUGGACUACUAUGGUCAAGCUCAUGAUGCACAGCAAAUAGUCAACAGUCUUUUAAUGAAUAAAAAGAAAUAUGAAAAUAUUAAAAAAGCUGAUGAAGAUGAUGGUGGUGGUGUGUUAUCGAUUUUCGACAAAAAAAAUAAAGAAGCAGUUUAAUUGUUGAUUGAAAAUUAAA